AUGAGAUUCUCCAACCUUCUCACACUCUUCUCCCUAAGCGGCCCGCAGUCUCCUCUAUCCAACAACGGCAACACCUACAACCACAUCUCGAGCUUUAUUCAGGAAAUCGAAACAUUUGAAUCCACCAAGUUCACCGCAAGUCCCGCAAACAAUGACUCCCUCUACUGGUUGAAAACCCCUACAGAACCACCAAUCUCUUUGUCCCAAUAUGAAUUCCAAUACGUUCUCAGACUAUCUGACUGGAAUGACCAGCCGGAUUUCCUUCUCACAGCCAUGGAGUACGCAAAGGCCUUGAAUACGUCCAUUUGGGCAACGUCACUAUCCAACAACUUCAUCGACAUCCAACUCUCAAAGGACCAGGGUGUCCAGUUGCUUUCCUUGCUUUCCGAAUAUUCGUUCAAGUCGAAAAUCUCCAUCAUCGAUCUCCCUCAAACUAUCUUUGAAACAUACCCUCAAUCAAGCCUUGUUGAUGACUCUCAUUCGGAUUUCGGCACAAACACAGAAUUGUUCUUUAAAACCUACCGGGACUUGGAUUCCAUUUAUUCCUGGUACGAGUUGUUGGUUGCAACUUAUCCAGAGAUCUUGAAGUUAGAAUACAUAGGUAAUACCUUCGAGGGUAGACCAAUGAUAGCAUUGAGAUUAUCCACUCAUUCAAAUUUGGAUCCUAGCGACUCCAUCAAAACUGUAGUUAUAACAGGCGGUAUCCAUUCUCGUGAGUGGAUCUCAGUUUCAACCUCUUGCUACAUCCUGUACUCUCUAUUGAAAGAUUAUGAUAACGGGUCUCCUCUAGUACGUGAAUAUUUGAACAAUUUGGAUUUCUUGUUCUUACCUCUAAUGAACCCCGAUGGAUAUGCGUUCACUUGGAAGAGUGAACGUCUUUGGAGGAAAAAUAAACAGCAAACAUACAAUCCAAGAUGUCGUGGUAUAGACAUUGACCAUUCGUUCGACUUCCAUUUCACCUCGGACUUGGAAUCACCCUGCAGUGACGACUAUUCCGGUAACGCUCCAUUUGAAGCUCUAGAGAGCUUGAACUGGGACCGUUACUUGAACGAAACCAAGCACUCCCAUCCAAUCUAUGCUUACAUUGACUUACACUCCUACGCGCAGGAGGUAUUGUAUCCUUAUGCCUAUUCUUGUGACAUUCUACCCCGUGAUGAGGAAAACUUAUUGGAACUAGCCUAUGGUUUAUCGCAAGCUAUCAGAUUGAAAUCGGGUAAAUACUAUAAUGUUCUAAAGGCUUGUCAAGACAAGGGUGCUGACUUUUUGCCGAAUAUGGGGGCAGGUUCUGCCUUGGAUUACAUGUACCACAAUAAAGCGUACUGGGCCUUUAUUCUAAAAUUGAGAGAUUCAGGCACUCAUGGCUUCUUAUUGCCUCCAAAGUACAUUGUUCCUACAGGUGAGGAGAUCUACUCUUCCAUUAAGUACUUUGCCUCCUUCCUAUUGAAGGAUGACGGCAAUUGA